AUGCCGAAGAAGUUGAGCACAAAUACCAAAUCAGUUGAAGCGAAAGCCCGAAAGGAUGCGGUAAAACAGGCGAAGAUUGAGGCGACAGAGAGGCUGAAAGAGGAUCAGCUCUGGACAGACGACGACAAACAUGUGGUCCGCAAACAGAAUAGAAAGGAAGAGAAGGAGAAGAAGAAGAUAGAGGUGUUGGAGAGGAAGGCCACCAACAAAGCCGCGUACGAGGAAGAGAUGAGUGCACUCAAGAGCAAAAAGGCGGCCGAAGACAAGGCGGCGAAAGUGAGUCGAUUUGAAAUCAACGAAACCAUUGAUCGACAGAAUCAGACGAAACAAACGGUCAAAAAAGUGGACUCAAUUGAUGACAAAUCGCUCGAAGAGAAUGUCAACCGAUUAGUGGCCGAAGAAGACAACGCCAGGAGUGUUGAGGACGCCAUCGCUCUCCUUAGCACAAAUGAGCCGGAGUUGGAUCGACACCCGGAGAAGCGACUGAAGGCCGCUUUCACUGCCUUCGAAGCGCAACAUUUGGACCGAAUUAAAGCUGAAAAUCCAAACCUAAGACUCUCUCAGUUGAAACAGAUUUUGAAAAAAGAUUGGAUGAAAUCACCCGAUAAUCCUUUGAACCAAAGGAUUGGAAACUAUAAUUCAAAAGUUUGA